AUGCCACCCACGGAGGCAUUGGUGUCAGGUGAAGGCUGGAUAUCCGACGAAUCAAGCUUUUAUGGAGACGAUGAGACCGUCAACACUCUGGAGAAGCGCAGCGAUUUAUUCAAUGUGUCAGAGUACUGGUCCACCCAUGAAAACCGCUUGGCAACAGUCGCCUACAAAGCACGUGCUGCUAAGCGUCCUCCCUCGACGCUGAAAGGUACCGAGGAAGAUGGCUCUGCUACUGCGAGCGGAGAGUCGGGCGAGCUCGCUUACCCGAACGAGGGCGAUCCUCUUUGGUACCAACCAUCGGAAACUGUCUCGGAGUUUUUGAAGCGCUGCCCACCCGACACGACCGUACUGGAAGAAAGCGGUAUCCCUUGGUUCUGGGUGGACAAUCCGUACCAAUCAGCUCAUUCCAAGCAGGAUCCCGAUUACCAGGCCUUGAUGGAAUCAGGUAGCCGCUUGCUCGAAGACUAUCGCAAGAAGAGAGAAGAUCUUGAGAAGAAAAACCCAAGCAUGAGAAAGGGUGCCAUCACAAGCAAGUUGAUCAAAGAUCGGCAGAAGCUCAAGCAACAGAUAGCAGAGCUGGCUCGCGAGACGCAUGUCGUGUGCGGCAAGUGGCUGAUCUUUCCCACCUGGGACGACAUACCGAGGCUUUGGAAGCAAGUCUGCCUCGCCGUGCUUGCAAACCGGCUCGGUCCCACCGCGAAGGUGUCGACCAAAAGCAUAAACAAGAAAGACGCAUACGGCGUGAUUAUCAUUUACACUCGGGAUUGUUUUGACGUGAGCGACGUCCGCCGUGUUCUUCUGGCGCUGGUAGACAUCGGCCUAGCGUCUGACAGAGACGACGCACCGAAAAUCUGGUACAAGAUGGACGCGUACACUCAUCUGCAGCUCGACUCUGGGAAUGAGUACAAUCUGCCCGCAAGCCUUUAUUCGAGUACGGAUUUGCUCAAGAGUGAGGGCUCGGCUGCGAAGAGAAAGGUGGAAGAGUUGCACUCUCCACAAUCAAAGUCUAAAGGAAAACAGAAGUCGAUCACGGAUAUGUUCCGUUGA